UAUUGCUGUGUAUCACUCGCUGUGUAUAUUUGAGCUAAGAGUAGAGCGUGUUUGUAUUUGUAAAUAUUAUGUGUGUAUGACCAUUAUGUGUUAAAGUAACGAUAAUCAAAAUGUAUAACUGCGUACUCUGUAACGAACCUUCUAAAUACAAAUGUCCUGUGUGCCGAAAACCAUAUUGCUCAGUAGCUUGCUGCAAACUUCACAGAGCAAAUCCAUGCACUGCACCUGAUGUAUCAACAAUAGAGUCUCCUAAGAAACAAAAUAUAGAUUAUGAAUUUCCUACUGAAGAUACUGUACCUAUUGAGAAACUAGAACUCUUAAGUAAAUCUGUUGAUGUAAAGAAAUGCUUAGAAAAUCCUCAUGUGAGAGAUAUAUUGAAAGAAUUAGAUAAAUCUGCAUAUCCAGAUGACUUAAUGCAAGAAUAUAUGCUAGAGCCAAUAUUUACAGAAUUCGUUGAUGCCUGCUUGAGUGUUGUACAACCACCUGAAAAUGAUAAACAGUGAUAAUAUUUAUUAAUUUACAAAUUAUUAUAUCUAAGAAGGAAAAUAAUGAGAAAUAUUACAUACCAUUUGAAAAAUAUAGAUGAAAAAUAGUGUCAGCAGUCUAGCACUGCCAUUCUAUUUGAUUUUAAAUAAAUUAUUGAUCCAACUGGUCCCUUAUUUAUCAAUCCAUUAUGAAAUAAAGAGAAAUAGCCAAAUUAUGUAGUUUAAGAGAUAAAUGAAAAUCUUUAUGAGAAACUUUCCAGGUCAUCCUUUAAUAACUUAUUUGUCAGCCUUAAUGAUUUUCAGCCUAACUAAUUUUUGUUUUAAAU